AUGCACUUAUGGUCUUCUCUCUCGCGCUCAGCUAGAUCUAGCUCGUCCGUCACGAGAUUAGCGCAACGAUGGCACCCACACACCCACGUCCCACGCCAGCGAUACAUCUCCGCCCUCGCCGAGCGCCAGCAAGAUGACAAAGAGACCAUUUCGGUGUCCAAGCAUGCCAAAUCGCCCUCGUCGGAAUCCAAAGACUCGGCAUACCUCGACUUUCUGCUAGGUGGCUAUGGACAGCCUGAGGAUGAAGCGACGGUCGAGACGCGAAAGGCUGAGACACCACCAAAGAAGACAGCUGGCAGCAGGAAGAGCCGUACUGCUGUUCGUUCUUCUCCAGCACACUCGAAACAUUCGCCCGAACAGGCAGCCCGAGCACGUCUGAAAGCACGCAAGACGGCACGUCUGGCACGUGGUUCUUCAACUACCAUCUCCAUUCGCUCCGAGCUACGCACUUCGGCCGUCUUCUCCUCUGACUGGAAUACGCGAUACUGCAAGAUUUCAGCAUCGUACGACCGACUUCUUUCGACACCUGGCCAGGAUGUUGCGAAUAGCCCAGAGCUCCAUUUCAAGCCCGAGGCCAGUAGGCGCAUUGAGCGAAUCAUUGGGCAGAUGGAUGAGAAUCCGGAUGAAACCAUACGGUUCAAGCCGUUCGCGCAGGAGUACAACAAGCUGGAGCGUGAGUUAUGGAGCGAGACAGCACUCUGGUUGUUAUGCUACGACAAGGUGAAGUUGAUGACCUUCCUGCGCCUGACGCACAAGAUGCUCUACCCUCCGAUCAACUGGGUUGAGGAUUGCUACAGUAUCCUUGCGAAGUAUUUCGACCAGGCAUAUCACCUUCGACCAGCCAGGUUUGGGGCAAUACGCAAGGCGUCCUGGUCACACGAAAUCGCUAACGCCGAAUUGGGGGAAAAGGAGGCAACGCGUAGAAAUUUUCGAGAGCUGGCCAAGAUUAUGCUCCUGCUCAUGGACCGAGAGACGAACGAACAAUUCAUCUUCAUUGGUGGCUGGGUGAAACUUCUGCUUCCAUGGAUCUCAAACGAGCAGGUCCUGGAGCUGUGGGCCAACAUAAAGCUCGACAAGGUCAAGCUGCAUCAAUACACCUACCUACACUUCUCUGAGCAUUUCGCCAAAUCAGGCCAGAUUGAGCGGGCGCUUGAGGCGUUGCUCGAGGCUGCUAGACUCGGUGGUCCGCGCUUCGUCGAGACGGUGGCGUUCCGGUAUGGGUGCUCUGCAUUGCUUCGAAGGUCAGCCAAUGAGCCAGAUGGGCUACGGGUGACAUUGUGUUUAGUAGAGCAUCUGGCUGGGCUGGGACUGAAGCUCAACUCCGAUCUAUACACCAUCAUCAUGCUCAAUGCUGUCGACGCUGGCGACCUGGAGACGAUGCAGAAUGUGUACCGUGCGAUGCAGGAACAGCACAUACUCCCGACCAAAUUCACCUACGCCGUUCGUCUCAAGGCUUGCAAGCUCGACAUCGACAAUGCGGAUAUGUUGCGAGACGUGAUCGAGGAGGCGAUUCAAUUCGGCGACCUCCGCACAAACAGCAUUGUUUGUUUCGAGAUCAUGCAUUGUCUGGCUCUUCAUCACAGCAAGCACAAUCCCGACACAGCUUUCGCCACACUAUCAGCCGCCUACGACCAAUUUUACGACCGGGCGCCUCUAGAACAACUCGGUCUACCACUUUCAGCGCCUGCACCGUCGGCCACAAACUUGUCGUCUGAUUCUCCGAAGCGUAUGCAACCCACAAGGCAUAUCCUAGGCAUCAUGCUCUGGACCUACCUGGCCCAUAACUCCAAAGCGCAGGAAGCCAUAGCCAUGUAUAAUCGCUGGCGAGAAAUCAUCCAAUCCGGUGCCGAAACCGAUCGAGCUUUGAUCUCCUGCGUAGAAACUCCCCACUUCUCCAACAUCUUCCUCCAACACUUCAUGCGCAGCAAACACAGCCUCCUCCAAGCUACCCGCGUAGUCAAAGAUCUCCAAACCCCUCUCUCCAUCUCCUCCACCACGCUAAACCUCACCCAAUCCCCCCCAAACAUCCACACCUGGUCCAUCUUCCUCCACGGCUUCUCCGCCCGUGGCGAACUCAGACUCGCCGAGCAAGUCCUCACAUACAUGCGGGAAAAAAAAAUGGAACCUAACGUCGUGACCUGGACCUCCCUAAUCACGGCUUACGCCCGAAACCAGAAUGAGGAGGGACUGGUGGAUGUUCUCAGACGCUCGGAGCAGAGCGGGCUGGUGUGGAAUGAUUGGACGCGGAAGGGGGUUGGGAGGUUUCGCAAUCAGGAGAGGUUGAGGGAGGCGUUGAGGCGGCAGAGGUUGGAAAGGGAGUUGGAUUUUAGUGGGGAUUUGACGGGGGGUUUGGUGAGAAGGUUGGGUGGGAUUCGGGGAGGUGAGGGUGAGGGUGGGAAGGAUGGGAUGGCAGAGCGGGUUCCUGAUGCUUUUAAUCUAGUUGGUGCAGAUGGUAGGGUUAGCGAUUUGCCUGCUGAUGUUGUAGACAUGAGCAUAAGUGGAUGA